AUGAGUAAAAGCAAUAUGCUUUCCAGUCCUAUUGCUGUAAGAAAUGCCUUUUUCUCUGAAGUCAGCAUUGGGAUUCCAGCCAAUGCCAUCCUCCUGCUCUUCCACAUCCUCAUGUUCUUGCUAAAGCACAGACCCAAGCCCACCGACCUGACCAUCGGGCACUUGGCCCUCAUCCACCUGGUGAUGCUGACCAUCAUCGGGGUCAUAGCCACAGAUGUCUUUGGGUCUCAGGGGCUAUGGGAUGACAUCACAUGUAAAGCAGCCAUUUACUCAUAUGAGGUAAUGAGGGGCCUCUCCCUGGGCAACACCUGCCUGCUCAGUGUCCUCCAGGCCAUCACCCUCAGCCCCAGGAGCUCCUGGUUGGCCAAGUCCAAACAGACAUCCUCCCAUCACAGCCUGUGUGUCUUUGUCCUCCUCUGGGUCUUCAAUUUGUCCAUGAGUGCUCGUUUCUUAAUCUCCAUUGCUGCCACCACCAACGGCACAUCUGGCAGUCAUAUAUUUGUCACCAACUCUUGCUUUCGUUGGCCCCUCAACUACUUAUCCAUGCAAAUAUUUUCCAUGUUGGGGAUCUUCCGGGACAUCUCGCUCACAGGGCUCAUGGCCCUCUCCAGUGCCUACAUGGUGAUUCUCCUGUGCAGGCACAGGAGGCAGUCCCAGCACCUUCACGGCACCAGCCUUUCUCCAAGAGCCUCCCCAGAGCUGAGGGCCACCCGCACCAUCCUGCUGCUCAUGGGCGUCUUUGUGCUCCUCUACUGGCUGGACUGCAUUGUGUACUCCUUAUCAGGGGUGUGGAGGAACAAUGAUUCAGUUCUCUUGUGUGUCCAGAUAUUGGUGGGCAAUGGCUAUGCCACCAUUUUGCCCCUUUAUUACUAA